UUUCAAUAUUCUCGAAACAACCCCAAAAACCGUUGUAUGAAGAAAAACUGCAAUCUUCCUAACGCAUAUACUGCGCACCUUCACAGCAUGGAAUAUCCCUUUGAGAUGUCUCACAUUCCCCUCCUUCUCUCUCUAUCAAUUCAUCUCUUUCCCUCUCUCAAACACCCACACACGCACUGAAAAUAUCCAAGCUCACAUUUCACUGACUACAAACAACGCAAGAUUGCCAAACAACAACAAAAGAAUUCCAUCCAAGUUUUAACAAACUAUCAUGCCCACUUCUUCUCUCUCCCCUCCUCCUUUCUCUCUCCCCACUUCCUCAUCUUCUUUUUGCUCUUACUCAUUCCCACCUACACUCUUCAAUUCCCUAGUUUCUAGCUCUUGUGCACCGAGAACAAGAAAGCCCAUCGCUCUAAAUUGUGUAAAGGCGCGAUCUUUGCAGCAUAGGAGGCCCAAGAGUAGUGCGGAAUUGAGAAUUAUGAGAGUGAGAUCAUCUAAUAAUGCAGGUACCAGCAAUGUAACAAUCAAGGAGCAUAAUGAAGGAGAGGAAGAUGAUAAUUCUCCUACUUCGCUCGAACAAGAGGCGAAUUCGAGGCCUAGGCGUAUCGCUCUCUUUGUUGAGCCCUCUCCAUUUUCUUAUGUCUCUGGAUAUAAAAACAGGUUCCAGAAUUUCAUUAAAUACUUGCGCGAAAUGGGUGAUGAGGUCAUGGUUGUAACAACUCAUGAAGGACUGCCUGAGGAGUUUUAUGGAGCUAAAUUGAUUGGAUCGAGAAGCUUUCCUCUUCCCUGGUACAGAAACGUGCCUAUGUCGCUAGCACUUAGCCCAAGAAUAAUCUCAGCAGUUGCACGAUUCAAGCCUGAUAUCAUACAUGCGUCAUCCCCUGGCAUUAUGGUGUUCGGUGCUCUCCUCAUCGCGAAAUUACUAUCUGUACCAAUAGUGAUGUCGUAUCACACCCAUAUUCCUGUAUAUAUCCCAAGAUACACUUUCAGUUGGCUGGUAAAACCAAUGUGGUUGGUUUUAAAAUUUCUGCAUCGAGCUGCUGAUCUUACACUGGUGCCUUCGGUUGCUAUUGCAAAUGAUCUAGAAGCAGCGAGAGUGACAGCAGCUAACAGAAUACGGCUCUGGAACAAGGGUGUUGAUUCCGAGAGCUUCAACCCCCGUUUUCGCUCCCAUGAAAUGAGACUAAGAUUGAGCAACGGAGAACCAGACAGACCAUUGAUAAUUCACGUAGGGCGCCUUGGAGUUGAGAAGAAUUUGGAUUUCCUGAAAGGUGUCAUGGACAGGCUGCCAGAAGCUCGAAUAGCCUUCAUUGGAGACGGGCCAUACAGGGCGGAGCUGGAGCAGAUUUUCGCAGGCAUGCCUGCAAUAUUCACAGGGAUGUUACAAGGAGAAGAGCUCUCACAAGCAUAUGCUAGUGGAGAUAUCUUCGUGAUGCCCUCGGAGUCGGAGACUCUAGGGUUCGUUGUUUUGGAGGCCAUGUCAUCCGGUCUUCCCGUCGUUGCUGCUCGUGCUGGAGGAAUCCCGGAUAUCAUCUCCCAGGAGCAGCAGGGGAACACAGGCUAUCUGUACAACCCCGGCGAUCUUGAAGACUGCUUGAGCAAACUCCAACCCCUUCUGCACGACCAACAACUCCGGGAAAGCAUUGGCAAAGCAGCGCGCGCUGAGAUGGAGAAGUACGAUUGGAGGGCCGCCACUCGCAAGGUCAGAAACGAACAAUACAGUGCCGCCAUUUGGUUCUGGAGGAAGAAGAGAGCGCUCUUCUUGCGACCUUUCCAAUGGCUGUUCCGUCGCCCCUUCCGCCUCCCCGCCGUGCAAAUCUAAUCCUACAGUCUGUUUUUCAUGUGAUCAGAGGAAAUGAUUACUUAACUGUAUAUUUAUAUGUAACAACGAUAAUGGAUUAGUCAAUACUACACGUAUCAUUACAAUCAAA